AUGUUCCACACCCCCUCGCCCCUGGUCCUCCUCUCUGAUGAGAUCCAGGCAGACUCGAGCGUGCAGCUGCGACCGCGGGUCCCUUCACCAGUUUCAUUGGCAGUGGUGGUGCCCCGGUCACCAGUGACGUCACCUCCUGGCAGUGAUGUCACUCUCGACUGCUCUUUCUCCUAUAAAGCGGGGGCUGAUCUCGGGAAAGUGGUGGUUACCUGGCAACGCCGUGACUAUCGGGUGGUCCACAGUUUCUAUUACGGUCAGGACCAGCUGGCUCUGCAGAAUGAAACCUACAGGAAUCGGACCCAGCUGUUCCCAGAGCAGCUCAGUGUGGGGAACGCCUCCCUCAGACUGAAACAGGUGCGGGGGGAGGAUGAGGGCUGGUACACCUGCGCUGUCACCAACCAAGUGGAGAACACCAAGGGAGACGUGCGACUCAUAGUGGCAGCCCCUUUCAGCGAGCCGCAGUUAGCGAUUGGCCUGCCUCGCCCCGGUGAUCCUGUGACCCUGACUGUCAAGGUGGCGGGCGGUUAUCCCCGGCCCACACUGCUGUGGCUGAAUGCGGCAGGAAGUGACAUCACAAACCAGAGCCGCACCAACCAGUCUGUGGACAGCAGGGGGCUCUACCAGAUCCAGAGUGAGCUGGAGGCGGUGGUGAAUGAAGCAGAGACCUUCACCUUCGAGCUGGAUCACCCCGUGAUGGAGCAGAGAGUGAGCCGAGCUGUCACCCUGCACCCAAGCACAGGCGUUCGUAUUGAACAGAGAAGCCGGCUGCCUGUUACAUUCUCACUGCUGCUUGUGUUGCUGCUGGCGCUCGGCAUGUUUCUUUAUGGAGCUGGAGCAGCUGUGACAGGCUGAGCGAUCCCUCCCUCUGCUCAGAAACCAGCCCAGCUACCCCUGAGGAUAUACCUUUACACUGCAGUGACUGGAUGGAGGGAGCAGGGGAACUCUGCCUGAAGGAUCUUGACCUGCAACUCCUCCAGGAUUUCUUUAACAUGCCAGUGAUGUGUGAUGCUUUGCCGUUACUAUGCUGCCCCCUGUCGGUGAGAUGAGGCAAGCUCUAAAGCCACCAAUGCAGACGAGCCCUUAAAGUUCAUUUCUGUGUGGAUAUUCAGUGUAUAUAAAAGUGUCCCAUUUGUCUGCGUGUGAGAGACAAGCUGGUGACGUCACAUUCCCAGCAGCAUAACCCUCUUACUGGGAUUAGAAAAAAAUACAAAGCGGCAAGAUCGUGUUGGCCGGACUGUCAAUCAAAACACGAAAGUGCAAAUCGGAGCGACCAGAUUGGCAAUUGGUCACGUGAUUGCUCAGCUGCCUGAUGUGUCUUAUUUACAAAAGCUAUUUAUUAUUCUUAUUAUUAUUGUUGUUGUUGUUGUUGUUAUUGUUAAUUUAUUUUUUGAAUGUCAGUUUAUUAAAAAUGAAAUAAGAUGUGCCAUUGUUCAUUAAAGACAACACAAGCACACGGUGGGCGUGUUUGUAUUAAACGUUACU